AUGUCGAUGCAGAUUCCCAUUUCCUUGGACUUCGCCUUGUCGCUCAAUCGAGGAGCCACCGAAUCUGGUCUUUUCCUCAGUUGUGGUGUGAUCACUGGAUUGUGCCUUGGGCCUUAUGCGUUGUACGAGACUGCUCAGUACGAGAAUGCUUUGAACCAAGCGAUGGAGACCAUAGAGAUCGGUCGCCCGUUCUACGUCCGCCGCUUGAUGAUCUACCUCCCGAUCGCUGGCGCCUUGCUGAGCUUGGUCUCAGCCGUCUUUGUGAACGAGACUGCGACCAGUGAGAACACGCAGAUGGUUUGGCCGUUUGGCGGUAAGUACAGGUCCGGUGCCGUCUUCACCAUCUCGGAGACCUGGAAGAACGACCCAGAUGGCCACCGAAUUCUCCCGGAAAUCUGGACCGCCAAAAACGUAUUCCGGACAGAUCAUGACAAGUUGAAAUCCCUGUCUACGCAAGACGCCUGCCUCGUGAAGGAAGAAGCGCAACCCAAUGGUGUAGUUUGUGAAAUUGCAUUGUCCAUGGAGGACUUGAAACAGUGUUUGGCCAAGAAUCCCCGUGAACAAGAAAUCUUCAUCGCCUCCGCGGCCAAGAGACAAAGAGUCGAGGUAAAAAUGAAAGACCUUACUCCAGAAGAAGUGAUCCAAUUUGACAAGGCCAAGGACAAAGAGCUGUCACAUGCCAAAAUUCCGAAUGCCACGACAGGUGAUCUCUUGACAGCCAACCUGUGGACCAUGUUAGCUUUCGUGCAGAUUGGUGCCUUCAUCGGGCCUUUGUGCGUCGUCCCGGGCAUCAUCUUCUGGACCAAGGUCACUCCUCACGAAAGCAAGACCUUCUGGAUGAUUCUGACGCAAGUCUCACGCAAUGUGGGCCUCGUAAUUGGUCCCUUGAUCUUCACGGUCUUGAAGCUUGCCGUCACUGGUGAUGGGGAGCGAGCAGCUUGGACUGAGAUGAUGGUUGGAUCGGGGACCAGAGAAAACCCAUCGUGUGGAAGUCAGUUGAACCAUCCUCAGAGCAAUUUGCCUUGCAGUCUCACAAGUGUAAGACCAACCCUUUGCCAUUCGACAACACACUUCACCAGAGUUCCGUGGUUGCGCACGACUGCUGUGACCAGGUCAGCCCACGAAGUAUGA